GCCGAUCUCUGGAAGGUCCUCGAAGAUCCAAAUCAUCCACUGAAUGCUGCCUGGCCGCUCUUCCUCGACCAGGAUAUAUACUUCCAAUACUACUGCAGCCAACUUAACAAGAUCAAAGCCUUCGCUUGCUUUCAGUAUAUCAUUGUUAAAGUUGAUAACUACGGAGAAGAGCAUAUUAUCGCCUGCGGACGUUCUGUUCCCUUCUUCUGGCCAGAACUAGCCAAAAUCGGGGGUAAAAUAGCCCUCGCCCACCACCCAAAGGUGCUGCAUACCCUUCCAGAUGAAGGUUAUGAUGCCAUCCUGUCCCGAGCGUUCGAACAAUACUUCGCCCGAGAAGGCCUUGUCCAAGCCCAAGCCCUAGAUAGGCCAACCCCAUUCAACGAUCCCGCCGCAGCUAGAAUAGAACAGCCUAACGCACUGUCCGCUAUUUCUAUCACUGUUUCUCCGGAAUACCGCUCUCAGGGCCUAGCAGAAGCUCUUAUCCUGGCUAUGAAAGAAGCAGCUAUCGAGCGAAACUUUGACGCUAUGGUAGUACCGCUACGGCCGACACGGAAAUCAGAGUUCCCAAUGACCAAUAUGACAGAUUACGUCUUAUGGCGGGCGACAACCCCAGAUCCCAACCUCCCGUUUGAUCCAUGGCUGCGGAAACAUGUUCGGUUGGGGGCUAAGGUGAUCAAGGUGGCGCGGAGAAGUAUGCGUGUGGAGGGCAGUGUGGAGGAGUGGCAGCAGUGGACGGGGGUCAAUAUCCCGCAGGCUGCGCAGGGUGGGUCUCUCAAACUGGAAGCAGAAUCGGGCAAGGCAUAUGUCGAAGUUGUGUUUCCAAGAGGCCUGGUACCCUUGCGGUAUUAUGUGGAUGAACAGCGCUGUGUCUAUAUCGAGCCGAAUGUCUGGCUCCAUCAUGCGCUACCGAGCUUCAAUAUACCCAUCUCGCUGGAUUCAUCGAUCGUAUAA